AUCUAUACGUGCGCGCCUCGGUUUUCCUCGCAGAGCUGUCAGUGCCCGGAUACCAGAUAGCGGAGCGGGGUGUGUGUGGAUUGUCGUCCCCGAUGAAAGAUUUAUCUCUCUUCAUGUCGCUCUGGGAUUUCGGAGAUUUUUUACAACACAUUUAACUGGCUUGAGGACCAGCGAGGAGUUCCGUGUUUCAUUUCUCGUUCUUCCGUGAUGCACGUGCCUGGUAAAUUGCCUCAGAAAAGUCUCUUAAAGUAAAACGGCCUCAGCGCUCGCUGCUUCACAUAUGCACGGUCGGAGUUGAACUUGAGAAGCUCGUGCGGCUCGAGUGGGACUCUCUUCCCCCCCGCCGCCCCCCCACGAAUGUUUCUUUGACUUCGCGGCUUCAGAAAAUAUGGCAAGUGGUUUAAAAAGCCGGUUUGCGAGGCUCUGCGAGCAUCUCAAAGACCCGCACCAUGUCGCGAGGUUCCAGCAGAUGUGCGGAGUCAAGGGGUCGUUUCUCCGGAAUCGGUGCGGGGGAGGAGAGCCGCCGAGCUGCAGGGGGGACGGGGAGAACGGCGCCGUCACGGGGAGCUCCGACGUGGAGAGGAGGCUCCGCACCGGCCCGGGGAGCAGAGCGAAACAGGAGGGCCGCUGUCAAAACGGCGUGCGGAACGGCACGGCCGGGACCUGUGGCGCCGGAGAGACGGAGACGGAGACGGAUCCGGCCCCCGGCAGCCCCCUGAAGCCCCGGCGCAGGAACUCGCUCACGGGUGACGUGGGCCAAGAGUUCCUCAUCGAGAACAAGCUGCUGUACUACCUGUUCAGCUUCGGCACCGAGCUGGGCAACGAGCUCUUCUACAUCACCUUCUUCCCCUUCUUCAUCUGGAACGUGGACCCGUUCGUGGGCCGCCGGAUCAUCCUGGUGUGGGUGUGGGUCAUGUACUUGGGCCAGUGCACCAAGGACUUGGUGGGUUGGUCGAGGCCCGCCUCGCCGCCCGUGGUCAAGCUGGAGGUGUUCUACAACUCUGAGUACAGCAUGCCCUCCACGCACGCCAUGUCGGGCACCGCCAUCCCCUUCUCUCUCUUCCUGCUCACCUAUGGCCGCUGGCAGUACCCGAUGAUGAUGGGUGUGGUGAUGGCAUUGAGCUGGUGUGUCCUGGUCUGUAUCAGCCGCAUCUACAUGGGAAUGCACUCCAUUCUGGAUGUCAUCGCUGGGUUCCUGUACAGUGUCUUGAUCCUGGUGCUGUUCCACCCAGCACUUGACAUGGUUGACACCUUCAACCAGACCUGCUGCUAUGCCCCACUGGCAAUCAUCUCCAUGCACUUGGUCUUGGCGCUCUUCUCUUUUACCCUGGACACCUGGAGCACAUCACGAGGUGACACAGCACAGAUCCUGGGCACAGGUGCUGGCAUCGCCUUGGGCUUCCAUCUCAACCGCCGGCUGGGUCUGCUGCCGGAUCCGCCCUUGUGGCAGCUGCCCUUCACCCCACCAAUGAUUGACACUGCCCUGCUGGCCAAGUCCCUGCUGCGUCUGUUACUGGGUUUGAUGGUGCUGUUGCUCAUACGGGCUGUAAUGAAGGUGCUGACUAUCCCUCUGGUAUGCCGUGUGUCUGGUGUCUGCAGCGACGAUGUGCGCACGGCUCGGCAGCACAUGGAAGUAGAACUUCCCUACCGCUAUAUCGUCUACGGUACGGUCGGCUUCAGUUGCUCCUUCCUUGCGCCUCUGCUCUUCAGCUACAUCGGCCUGUCCUGAGGAGAUUGAAGCACAUGGCCGUUUAAAACAGCUCCCUCUUUCCCCCAACUGAGCAUUGAUUCAUACCGUGUGAUAGCGGAAUGAUGGUGGAUGGAUGGUAGGCGAAAUCAGAGCCUAUGAUUUUUUUUUUAUCAAAACCACCCGCUGCCUUUUCAUUCUCAUUGUUGGCUGUCUUUUUAUUGACUGGCUAUACAUAUCUUGUUU